UCUGAUAUAGGAUUAAGUGUCUCAUCAUUACCACUUGAAUAUAAAACCACGACGUAAUGAGAAGUUAUAUGUUGAACAAUCAAUGUGUUUUUGUCGAAGCGGUGAGUGUGGUUAGAGGCAAAAAGAGCAAAACCUAACGGGCAGAAUACAACUAAAUAAGAAGAUAUUUAAUAAACGGUAUAAUACAGGAACGUAUAACUUGGAGAUUACCAAAAUAAAAAAUGUCACCAGCUUUGUCAUGGCAGCAUAUGACUCUAGCUUUUGCAACAGUGGCAGUCAUAUCGCUCAUCAUGAACAUAAUCUCCAUUUCACUGUUAGCGAAGUUUCGAAUGGAUGUUGACGAAGCGUUGUCCCUGCUAAAAGAUGAUCCUGCAAACGGCGGACAUGGUUCCGGUAACUCAAGUACUGUGACUAAGAAAAUAGCAGCAUUGGAAAAAGAACUUGCUUUGCGACUGGAAAACCUGAACGUCAAAGUCGAGGCAGCGGCUAGCCAAAGAAAUGCACUGACAAAUAGUCUUGAUGAAGUAGAACUCUCAUUAGAGUGGAUGAAACUGGAAUUAGGUGAAGGAUGGAAAAAGGGUUGCCCCCAAGGCGGUGUAACUAAUGGCACAAUAUGUUACGUUGCACAUCGCGAAAAAGCGAACUACACUGAAGCUGUCGAAAGAUGCGAAAAAGAUGGCGGUAAACUGGCAACUAUACACGACCAGACGUUGCUUCGAACCAUAUUGAGCUACCUUCCGCCAGCACCAGUGUUAGUGGAUGCUAGAUUCAAUAUCGAAACAGGGUUAUGGAAAACAAGUGACGGCGAAGACGCUUCUUUUCUUCCGUGGUCCAUCAAUAACAAAGGCACUGGCGGUGAAUGCGUGUAUGCUUAUGGAGAAGGAUAUUCUCGAUGGCACUGCCAUGCAUUGCUCUAUUACCUUUGCAUGUACUAAUGUGUACCAAACAACAUACAGCUCUGUAUUAGAACAUCAUUGAUAGCUACCAAUUAGCUUUAUAAACAGACUCCGAUUUGCUAAGGAGAUCGAAGACGUGUUGUUUAAUUUGCGCAUAUAUGUACGCCUAAAAAUUCCCUGUAUCCUUCCAAAUAACCUCAUUCCGAAGCUCAUGUACAUUAUACGUACAUGCAUGUAGGUAGCGCUGUAUAUUAACAUGAUUAACUUUGAUAACACUUUCAAUAAAAAAUCAAAACGUCCUUUUACAGGUAUAGCAAAACCA